AUGAGCAAGACAAAUAGAGAGCUUUAUGAGUAUCUUAAGCUACUAAGGGCUAUUAAGAUAAAACCAUACAAGAUGAGGUUUGUAACCAUUUCAGAUGAGAUAGGAAUUAGUUUUACAUAGAUAAGAAACUUAAAGAAUCAAGAUGUUAUUUAAGAGCUAUUACUUGAUAUGCAAUAUACUUAACUUCCUUGUGAGUCUGCAAUAGGAAUAUCUUCUAAAGUUUCAAAAUUACCAAAUUUAAAAUCCAUUUCUCUCAACUUUACUGAUUGCCAAUUACUAGGAAAUAAAGGAUUUUAAGGAGUUGUAGUGAAGCUUUUUAGGGUAGCUUAAUUAGAAGAAGUUUCACUAAUAUUUAAUUAAUGCAAAUUAGAGAGUGAAGCAAUUUAGCAUUUAGAUGAAAGAAUAGGUCAAUUAAGCAAACUGAAGAAAUUAACUCUUGGAUUUAGAUAAAAUAAUUUAACAGACAGCAAUCUUACAGAAAUUGGUUAAGCUUUAAAUAAGUGUAAAACAUUAGAAAGCAUUGAUAUUGAUCUCAGUUAUAAUUCUUCAUUGCAAAAUCCUUCUGAAAAAAGCUUAGACCUAUCAGAAUUAACAAAUUUAUAACAUUUUAGUAUUAAUAUCCAAGCAUCUAAGAUUAAAUCUCCAAAAUUCCUGCAAUUGCCAGUUUAGCUAGAAAUUCUUUCUCUUAACUUUAUAACAGUAUCACCUUUCAAUUAAUUAGCUGUUCUAGAUACUUUUAAAAUGAUUUCAGGAUUCAAUUCACUCAAAUCCCUUAAUCUUAUGAUACAUAAUCAGCCAUUUUGCUUUAACUCAUUUGGCCAAGAACAAAUAGAAAACGAAAAUGAUGAAAAUGAGGAAUAGGAAUAGUAAGAUGAAAAUGAAGAAGAGGAAGAAAAAUAGGAAGAAUCUGCUAUUAUAAAUGAAGAUGCAAAUGAUUAAAAUAGUGAAGUGGAAUAAAAAGAAGAAAAUAAAGAUAAAGAAUUAUUAUAAUAAGAGAAGUAUUAUAAAGAUAUAUAAGAUAGCUUAUUUGAAAAUAAUAGCUGCCUAGAGUAGUUAAACUUAUAACUUACCUUUAAAUAAUCUGGAGUAGGAAAUAUAAUGAGUAAACUGCUUCCAAUAAAAACAUUAAAAUCCCUCCAUAUUAAAAACAGAUUUGGCACAGCUUUGAAUACUAAAGACGUUGAAAACUUGAGGGCACUUAUCAGGAAUAACCAGUCUCUAAAUUCCAUAUCUCUCAAAUUCAGCUAAAAUUAAGUCAAUGUUCAAGAGCUAAAUUCUAUUAUAGAAGACUUAUGUGCUUCCGAUAGAUGGAUAUAUGUAAAAUUAGAUCUAAGCUAAACAGUUAACUUUUAAUGGGAAAAUACACUGGCUGAAAUGGCUAACCAAUUCAUAAAAUUAAAAAAUUUACAAACCCUCAGCUUGAAUCUAAGCUCGAAUAACAUCGAUGGCGAAGAUUUAGUCACAUUUACAUAAAGAAUAAAUAUGAUGCAGUCACUGAUUUCCUUAAAAUUAAAUUUAAGAGGAAAUAACAUUACAGUUAAUUAAUCUAAUUAUGUAUGUUUCUCGCUUCGAUAAUUAGGCUAUCUUGCAAAACUUAAGCUCUAACUAGGGGUAUUGAGUUAUUAAAGUAUAAAUGAAGAUGGAGAGGUUGAAACAUAAACAACAAUUAAUGAAUCAGUUGAGUAUAAAAAAUUAUAAGAGUUUAUUAAGGAAAGGGAAUCUAAUAUAACAAGAAUUGCUCUAUUUGAUAAUUAUUUUAGAGAGGCAAUCCCCUUUAACCCAAAUAUAUUAAUUUGUGAUUUUUAUUUUUGA